UGGUAUUCUUUGACAAUGGAAAACUUUUCAUCCAGCCUGCUACUACCAUAUCACUGCAAUAGAACAGAAUUAUCUAAUAAUAGAAAUCUUGAUAUUUCAGGGAUCACAGUCGUGUCAUACUUCCUCACUGAACUGACCAAAGAAAAGAGAAGUCUAUGGGACCAAAUUCAAGAGAAAGUUGAUCUCAAAAUUGGCAAGAAACUUGCGGCAUACCACGUCGAUCGACUGAAGGCCGAGGUUUUUAGAGUUCUCGAGUCUCGUUUUCAAGAAUCAAAUAAUUUUGGACCAGCUGACUUGAAGACCGUCUUGGACAAGCGACACCUUGUUUUCCCACACAACUGGCCAACCCUUGGCUGGUCGUAUGAGCUGGCUUUGGGGAUAUUGUACUGGAUGCCAUUUAUGAUUGCAGGAUAUCAGCAAAUGAUCAAAGAAAACAAACAACAAAACUGUGCCUUGGCAAAUGAAAUGGCAAGAGCACGGGCAAAUAUCAUAACCUCUAUGAAAGAAAUGAUGCGAAAACGGUACCAGCAGUUGCAUGGGACCAAAUAUUCCUCUGAUCGAGUGAAUUAUCCCUGCAAGAAGAAAAAGGCACACAAAUCAAGGAAGGGCUUGAAGAGGAAAAGACUAGGGUUGAAGAAUCGAGGCUUACUUUUUCCUAAUGAUAGAAGUGACGAGUGCGUCUCUAUUGACCGAUUGUUGACAUGGGACGAUGGCCUAGACGGCAAAAAAUUCACCAUUAGGAAACGAAACACGGGCUGGGUUGGUGACAAUUGGACAACAAAAAUCAACAAAGUCAGGGAUGAUACUGUUGAGUUUCUCUGGAAAGAGGUAAAUAAUUCUUGAUCGAGAAGACCACAUCUCUUCAGCUAAUGAUUAUUUAUUCCAUGAAAAUACCGUUUAUUUGUUGCAUCUCGUAUAGAAAAAUGAAAGUAGCAAACAA